AUGACACAACCACGAGGUUUUGAAGAUUCCACCUUUCCAAAUCAUGUAUGCCGCUCACACAAAUCAAUCUAUGGUUUGAAGAAAGCACCCAGACAAUGGUAUAACACGUUUACUACUUUUCUUGUCUCUCUUGGAUUCUCCCACAGUAAAUCUGACCCUUCUCUACUUAUUUACAAUAAAGACAAGGCUCGUAUUUUUCUCCUAGUAUAUGUUGAUGACAUCCUUAUUACUGGUAAUAAUAACGAUGUCAUCAACGAAAUACUAGCUCAACUUAAUAAAGCUUUUUCCAUGAAACAUCUUGGUACAGUAAACGAAUUCCUAGGUCUUAGCAUUCAGCGAUAUACCAAGGGGUUCUUUCUCUCACAACAAAAAUAUGCAUCUCAAAUUCUUCAGCAAGCUAAUUUAUCUGCGUGUAACCCGCUGUCUAAUCCUACCUGCACCAAACUGCCGAACGAUAUACAACCUGACUGCAACGAUGUCAACAUGUACCGGAGCUUGACUGGGUCAUUACAAUAUCUAACAAUAACUCGGCCUGAUAUAGCAUUCAGCGUUAACCAGUUAUCCCAACAUAUGCACGAGCCACAACCUCAGCAUUUUUACAUGCUCAAACGCCUUCUACGAUAUAUCAAAGGUACGCUUGAUUUUGGCAUCCCAAUUACAAAAACUAACUUAAUUCUUACGUCCUUUUCAGAUGUUGAUUGGGCGGGAGACCCUAUAUCCAGGAAAUCCACAACAGGAUACUGCUCUUUUCUUGGCGAUAUAAUCAUCUCGUGGAAAGUUCAAAAACAGCAAACCGUGGCCAGAUCCUCAACUGAAUCUGAGUACCGGGCAUUAGCUGCACUCACUUCGGAUGUAAUUUGGAUUAGAAGACUUCUUCAAGAAUUCGGCAUUCCUCAAGAUUCACCAACCAGCAUAUUUUGUGACAAUACCUCGGCUAUCGCGUUAGCUAACAACCCGGUUUUUCAUGCAAGGACUAAACACAUCGAAAUUGAUCAUAGAUUCAUCCGGGAUCACAUUCACAGCAAUCAUAUAUGUAUCUGUCCCAUAAGCACGGUUGAUCAAGUGGCAGACAUCUUAACUAAAUCUCUAUCCACCAAGCGUUUCCAAACAUUAUGCAACAAACUAACGGUCAUCAAAGACUCAUUAGUUUGCAGGGGAGUAUUAGAAGCAACAAGUUAA